AUGCCAGGAAUGGAUAGUGUAUUCCACUCUUCUGUCCAAGAAGCGGUGCAACUUACCGUUCAGAAUAACAAACCUUUAUUUGUAUAUCUUGCCCUGCUUGAUAACAACACAAAUGAUUCAUUUUUGAACAAGUUCAUCAAAGAACAAACAGUUGCACAUUUGCAAGAACACUCAGUACCGUUAAAGUUGGUACAGGGUAGUGUUGAAUUCGGAUAUUUUGAACAGCUUUUUCAAAACCUAGUUGUUCCCAGUUUUUAUGUUGUUCUGCAGGGAAAGCUUAAGGCGGUCAUCACUGGCGACUUUUCCAAAGAUGAUUUUGACAAAUGCAUAAAUCAAUUUCCAACACGACAAAGUGGGUCUAUAAACACCCCAACACCCGCGUCUACCGCGCUGUCGAAUGUACCAACUGCAUCUUCUUCACAAAUGCUACCAUCAGCAUACGCCACAACGGGACGUGAUCCAACCCCACUGACACCGGUUUCUACCACAUCCAGUGGCCAAGCCCCAUCAUCAUCACAUGCCACUACCGCAGAUAACCAUGAGCAAUCAGUGUUACGUCACAGAAGACUUGUAGCACAACAAAGAAAAGAAAAAUUAGCAGAGAAGCAACGUAUAAGAGAGUUAAUGGAAGCUGACAAAAGGGAAAGACAGAGCCGAGAAAGAGCCGAAAAGGAACGUAUUGAUGGCAAGGAACUGGAAUCACAAACUGGACCAAAGAAAGUGUGUCAUACGAAUUGUCUCUUGGCGAUCAAACUUUUCGAUGGAAGUACUAUCAAACACGAUUUCAAACCAGAGGACACACUAAUUACAGUACGUAUCUUCCUUGACGAAGAGGUAAAAGUCAUACCAUCCACAAGCAACAUGCCCUCGUUUGCUAGCACAACGUACCCUACAGGCUACUCAUUCCACAGACCAACAUUACCACGCGUUACGUAUUCUGAAGAGCAAGAGUCACAGUCACUAGUUGAUCUUGAUUUGACUCCAAGGUCCAUAUUGAUCCUCAAACCAACUUAUGAUCAAACGAAUUCAAGCAAUAAUGCACCUGGCAAUGAGAAAGUGGGAAUACUUCGAAAUGUGUAUAACUUUGUUGCGGGAAUAGGAAGGGCCCUUUACUCCUUCUUUGAUUACGGUGUUGACGACGUACAGAGACAAGUUAACACGGAACAGCCAAUAGCGCCACGUCAGGAAGAAGAAGUGAUAGAGCUCCAUCAACCGAUCGCUCCAGGUAUUUUAUCCGUGGGUGAUAGAGGGUUGUCGUCUUCGCUUAUGAAUAUUGAAAGGGAUGAGCGUGAUGUAAUUUCCGCAACUCCAGUAGAGUCGAGAGCUUCAAGUCCCAGGCCCACAUUGAGUCGAGUACAAACUAUUCAUGAUGAUGCCAGAGAUACAUUGCGAGAUACAUAUAACGGGAACAGCAUCAAUCUUAGAGAUGAUGAUCAAACUACAUAG